AUGUAUGCCUUUGCCAUAAGACGUUCAUCGACAAACUCUCAAACUGCAUUCCUCCCUCUGCAAACCGUGUGUGAGAAAACAAGAGAAAACAACGAAAAAAGAGUUACUGCGUUUAGCACACUACUAUACGUCUCAAUACUUAGAUAUCUGCAUUAUCCAUCCAUGCUUUCAACGUUCCUUCGGGGACGCAAUCGCCGAUAUGCCUCAGCACGCUCGAACUUGUGCAGUUUCCUAUUGGGUGAUCCGGUUGUAACAAACGAUGUUUCUUCUGGCGUUCUCACUGGGAAGAAGUACACCCGUGGUACCAGCUAUGAGAACAAACCACCGUUCCAUAGAAAUCCUUCUGCUUUCCCCAUUCGACCGUUGACAACUGAUACAGCGAAUACCUUCAUUCAUGAUUAUGAAGUGCAUGUUCAAGAGAGGGCCGCUCUUAAAAUUGCUCCAAAGCCACUCGGAGCAACACAAGUUGCUUCAUUAACCCAACUCUUGGAGUCUCCACCUAACAAUCACGCUGAAUUCUUGUUAGAUCUGUUUGAAAACAGAGUUCCGCCCGGUGUAGACGAGGCAGCAUACGUUAAGGCAACUUGGUUAGCAUCUUUGCUUGAGGGAAAAGUUUCCAGCCCACUGAUAGAUCGUAAAAAGGCUGUUCAAAUACUUGGAACAAUGCAGGGAGGAUAUAACAUUGCGCCUUUAAUAUCGUCGUUAGAUGAUGACUCACUUGCACCGAUGGCCGUUAUAGCAUUAUCUCAUACCUUGUUGAUGUUUGACUCAUUCCAUGAUGUUGAAGAGAAAGCAAGAAAUGGAAAUCCAUACGCUGCGCAAGUUUUGAAGUCUUGGGCGGACGCGGAGUGGUUCAUGAGCAGAGAUAAGGUUCCAGAGAAAAUUACAGUUACAGUUUUCAAAGUAUCUGGUGAAACUAAUACUGACGAUCUUUCUCCAGCUCCUGAUGCUUGGAGUCGACCGGAUAUUCCUCUUCAUGCACUUGCUAUGUUGAAAAAUCCGAGGGAUGGGAUUGAUAAUGCUCCACAGCAAAUUCUUGAGUUGAAGGAAAAGGGCUUUCCACUGGCAUAUGUUGGUGAUGUCGUGGGCACUGGUUCUUCUCGUAAAUCAGCGACGAAUUCAAUACUUUGGUAUAUGGGUAAGGAUAUACCAUUUGUUCCCAACAAAAGAACAGGAGGUGUUUGUUUAGGUUCAAAAAUAGCACCCAUAUUCUUCAACACAAUGGAAGAUAGUGGUGCGUUACCGCUUGAGAUGGAUGUAUCAGGAAUUCAAAUGGGUAAUAUAAUUGAUAUAUAUCCGUAUACAGGGAUCGUAAAAUCUCAUGAAACCGGAGAAGAAUUGAGUAACUUUGUCAUCAAGACUGAAGUUUUAUUCGAUGAGGUUCAAGCUGGAGGAAGAAUUCCACUGAUAAUCGGGCGAGGACUCACAGAUCGAGCCCGUACAUCAUUAGGUUUGGCACCUUCAGCAGUGUUUCGUCGACCUAGUGUAGCCACACACGUUGCUCAAGGGUUUACUCUUGCCCAAAAAAUGGUUGGGAAGGCGUGUGGUUUAGACACAGGAGUUUCACCUGGUACGUAUUGCGAGCCAAAAAUGACCACAGUUGGAAGUCAAGACACAACAGGUCCGAUGACAAGAGACGAACUCAAAGAUCUAGCUUGUCUUGGGUUUAGUGCAGAUUUAGUGAUGCAGUCCUUUUGUCAUACUGCAGCAUAUCCCAAACCUGUUGAUAUUUUAACUCACCACUCUCUUCCGGACUUUAUCCGCAAUCGUGGUGGUGUAUCACUCCGCCCUGGGGACGGCGUGAUUCAUAGCUGGUUGAAUCGAAUGCUUCUUCCAGAUACCGUUGGUACUGGUGGAGAUUCGCAUACUCGAUUUCCUAUUGGAAUAUCGUUCCCAGCCGGAUCAGGUUUAGUCGCAUUUGGUGCAGCUACUGGAGUGAUUCCAUUAGAUAUGCCUGAAAGUGUGAGAGUUCGAUUUAAGGGAACCAUGCAACCUGGUAUAACGCUUCGUGAUUUGGUUCACGCUAUUCCCCUUCAUGCAAUACGCCAGGGUUUACUUACAGUUGCGAAAGAGGGAAAAAAGAAUAUAUUUAGUGGAAGAAUCCUAGAAAUUGAAGGAUUGGAAAAUUUAAAAUGCGAGCAAGCUUUCGAACUUUCAGAUGCAAGCGCGGAGCGCUCUGCUGCUGGUUGCACGAUUAAGCUGAAUAAAGAACCAAUAAUCGAAUACCUAAAUUCGAAUAUCGUGAUGCUGAAGUGGAUGAUUGGCAAUUCCUACGGUGACCGGCGAACAAUUGAACGUCGAAUCAAAGCAAUGGAAAGCUGGCUCAUGAAUCCCACUCUUCUUGAAGCAGAUACCAGUGCGGAGUAUGCCGCAACGAUUGAUAUCGAUAUGAAUGAAAUAAAAGAACCUAUACUUUGUGCACCCAAUGAUCCAGAUGAUGCUCGCAUUUUAAGUGAUGUCAUGGGUGAUAAAAUUGACGAAGUCUUUAUUGGAUCAUGUAUGACAAAUAUCGGCCAUUUCCGCGCUGCAGGUAAUUUACUUGAAAAAAAUCAACAGGAAGGGCUCCCAACUAGAUUGUGGAUUGCUCCUCCGACAAAAAUGGAUGAAGAGCAGCUAACAAACGAAGGCUACUAUAGUAUUUUUGGCGCUGUUGGAGCUCGGACGGAAAUGCCUGGCUGUUCUCUCUGCAUGGGCAACCAAGCCCGAGUGGCUGAGAAGAGCACAGUUGUCUCUACAUCAACUAGAAAUUUCCCGAAAAGAUUAUGA